AUGUCCCGUCAAAUCAACCAGCCCUCGAACCAGAUCAAGCUCACCAACGUGUCGCUCGUCCGGCUGAAAAAGGGCAAGAAGCGGUUCGAGAUUGCGUGCUACAAGAACAAGGUGCUCGAGUGGCGCUCCGGCAUCGAGACGGACCUCGACAACGUGCUGCAGAUCCCAAACGUCUUCCUCAACGUCUCCAAGGGCCAGACGGCGCCCAAGGAGGACCUGGAAAAGGCGUUUGGCAAGGGCAAGCCGGCCAACGACAUCAUCCUCGAGAUACUGAAAAAGGGCGAGCUGCAGGUCGGCGACAAGGAGCGCGCCGCGCAGCUGGAGCGCGUCCACAACGAGGUGGUGGGCAUCGUGGCCAGCAAGCUCGUCGACCCGCGCACAAAGAGGGUCUACACGUCGGGCAUGAUCGAGAAGGCCCUCGACAUGCUCAGCUCCCAGGCCCACGGCGGCGACCGGAGCAACACGACCAGCGCGGCGGGCACCCCGGCCACGGGUGACGACGGCGAGGCCAAGCCGCGGACGCGCGAGCACAGCUGGACCGGCGUCGUCACCACAAAGAGCGCAAAGAGCCAGGCUCUCGACGCCAUGAAGGCCCUCAUCGCGUUCCAGCCCAUCCCCGUCGCCAGGGCCAGGAUGCGCCUGCGCGUCUCGUGCGCCACAAACGUCCUCAAGCAGGCCGUCAAGUCUUCUGCCGCAGCCAAGGGGCCGCCGUCGUCCAAAGACGACGAGGCCGAGCACAAGACGCCGGGGACGGUCAAGGACAAGAUUCUAUCAUACGUCGAGCAGGUGGAGAGCCAGGACGUGUUGGGAUCCGAGUGGGAGGUGGUGGGCUUCGUCGAGCCCGGCGCCUUCAAAGUCUUGUCUGAUAUCAUUGCCAACGAGACCAAAGGCCAAGGCCGAGUAGAGGUGCUGGACAUGGCAAUCACGCAUCAAGAUUAA